AUGUCACGAACUCUACGAAAGCCUGCACGCGUGGAAACCUACUUGAUCAACUUUCGAAGCCAAAACUUAUCCUACAUCAAUCGUUUUCUCCGAUUGGAGUCCACCUCGCGUUUCAAUCGCCCUUCCUCCUCCCUUAACGAAUCUGCCCUCACACGAGAAUCUUCACCGGAGGGAAAGAAUGAUCAGGCAUCCGAGCGUGUUUCUGCUUGCCGUCUUUCCCUGCCCGUCUUGAUGUUCCCUUCUUCAUGGGAAUGUCUUUUCCUAGUCAUCAGUCUCUUGGUAACCCUCGUUUCAGAGUCAUUUUUGUGCUGCUCCUCUGGAGUUCUCUUGGCCAGCCUCCAUGCUCUCGUUACCACACUGCUCCUUGGUAUCACUCUAUAUGUGAUGCACCUUGAGGAAUCUGAUUUGAUCGGGACGCUGCAGAAUGAAAUAUUCCACCGAAAGACUGCUUAAUCUCACUCUCGUCUUUGCGGAACCAUUCGAUCUGUUCACCGGCUUUUCUCCCAAGUCCACGCCAAUUUAUUUUCUUUUGGCUGCUAUUCUUGUCUCAUUUCAUCCUCCUGCUCCUGACUGUUCACUGCAACGCAUUGCCGAAAGCAUGCACCACCAUAUUGUGAACACGCUAGCUGUUUCAAACAGCUGAUGUAUUGUUUUCAUACCGUAAGCCCAAUGUGAUGUCAUCUAUGUGAAGAACUCUCCCGCGGACCCUACGGCCGCCUAGCAGCCCAUAUAUUUUCGUUUUACAAAACAAAUUCCAAAUGUUCCCA